AUGUCAGGAGAGGAAAUUUGGCCAUCUGUUGAAAAAGAAUCUAGAAAAUCUCUGCCUCCAUUUGAUAACAGUAGUGGCUACAAUUCAAAAACAGGAAUAUAUCACUCUCUUGAAAAGCUUGGCACCAAGCAUGAAAUUCCAACAGACCAAAACGUUAACACAGCAAGUCUUGUGCUAUCACAGUUCCCACAAGCAGAACUUGCUGACGCGAAGAUUGCGUUUAUUGAUUUAAAUACUAAUCAUAGUGUAACCUAUGGCGAGCUUCGCCGAUCGGUUUACUCGCUUGCAACGGCUUUGUUCCAUGGACUUGAGGUUAGAAAAGGUGAUGUUGUGUUUUUAUUGUCUCCAAACUCGGUUUUGUACUCGACAAUAUGCUUAGCCGUGUUAUCUAUUGGUGCAAUUCUUACCACUGCGAAUCCUCUCAAUACGAAAUCAGAAAUCGCGAAACAAGUACGUGAUUCGGGUGCUAAACUAGCCAUCUCUACACCAGAAGAGUUACAUAAACUGGUCCCAACAGGUGUUCCUACACUUCUUACCUCUGGUUCAUCUGAUGUAAAGUAUUUAUCAGUUGAAGAGUUAAUAGAAGGCUGUUAUGAUUCACAAGAGUUGCCGUGUGUUUCUGUGGAACAAUCAGAUACUGCUGCUAUACUUUACUCUUCAGGGACCACAGGUGUAAGCAAAGGUGUUGUUUUGACACAUUCAAAUCUCAUAACCAUAAUAAAACUAUUCUGCUGGUCUGCUGAUGUAUCAGCAUCUCAAGACGAUGUUUUCCUCGCCUUCAUUCCAAUGUUUCACAUCUAUGGACUCAUGUUCUUUGGAUUCGGGUUGUUAUGUGUUGGUGCUACAACAGUUUUGAUGCAGAAAUACAAUUUCCAAGCUAUGCUUACCGCUAUCGAGAAGUACAAAGUUAGUAACAUACCAGCAGUGCCGCCGGUGAUCCAUGCAUUGGUGAAACAUGCAAGCAAAGAUGGGUGUGAUUUGUCUAGCUUAAGAAGGGUUGGUUCAGGUGCAGCACCUUUGAGUAAGGAAAUGUCACAGGAGUUCAGAAAGAUGUUUCCUUGGGUUGAACUAAGGACGGGGUAUGGACUAACAGAAAGUUGUGGGGGAGCAAGCUUUUUUGCGUCGGAUAAAGACGCUAAAGCUCAUCCAGAAGCAUGUGGAAAGUUGAUUCCGACUUUUUGUGCAAAAGUGAUGGACAUUGAAACAGGGAAGCCUUUGCCUCCUAACAAGGAAGGAGAGUUAUGGCUGAAAAGUGGCACUAUUAUGAAAGAAUAUCUAGGAAAUAUGGAGGCAACAGCUGCAACAGUUGAUUCAGAAGGUUGGUUGAGAACAGGUGAUCUUGGUUAUAUUGAUGAGAACGGAGUCAUCUGCAUAGUUGAACGAAUAAAGGAGCUAAUCAAGCACAAAGGGUAUCAGGUAGCUCCUGCAGAACUUGAAUCUGUGCUACUAAGUCAUCCUCUUAUUGUUGAUGCAGCAGUUAUACCGGUUGAAGAUGAAGAAACUGGACAGGUACCAAUGGCAUAUGUGGUGAGAAGAGCUGGUUCUCAACUCUCAGAAGACCAUGUCAUUCAAUUUGUUGCAGGCCAGGUGGCUCCCUAUAAGAAAGUGAGAAGGGUGAGUUUUAUUGACAAUAUUCCAAGGUCAGCUGCUGGCAAGAUAUUGCGCAAGGAUCUUGUUUCCCAAAGCAAAUAUGAACUUGUCUCUAAGUUAUGA